AGGGAGAGAGAGAAAAAAUUUGCAUGUCUCUCAUUUCAGUGAUUUGGCCUCCUGGAAUUUUUUUCUCUUUCUCUCUCUUGUAAAUGGAUGGUGUUUGUCCUAGUUUAUGUAUAGCUGAAGAAGUGAAGGGGACUGCUGAAGCCCUGCAAAUUACUCACUCUUCAUUCAGGAGGGGAAUAUGCUAAAAGCCUCUAAGCUGCCCUGCAGCUCAGUUUCUGCUGUUGCUUUAAAAGACCGGUAAGGUAGUUCUGGAGAAGAGAAGGGAACGCCAGCAUUUCAACUUGUGAGUGAUCUGAAAGUUUAUUUUAUUUCCUGGAAGCAUUAUUUUGCAAUGGAUUAUAGAUGCUCAGCAUUUUGGUUUCUUAUUUUACCACUGUUUAAUCUGUGCCUUUCCACACUACAAUUUGAAGACUUGCUGUCUUCAAGGUUGUCAGAGUACAGUGUGACCAUGCCCUUCAGCUCUGAUGCCCAGGGUCGUUAUGUUUCCCAUCGUCUAUCUACUGUAAGGAAUACGAGAAACAACAAGUCACAGCAUGGAAGGAGGAGGGUCACUCGUGGUGUGCAAGAUCCUGGCGCAUUCUCCUCAGAGUUUCGGGAUGAGCAGCUUUUUUUCAAUGUGACAGUUUUUGGGAGGGAUCUGCAUCUGCGACUCAGGAUGAACCAGAAUUUGGUUGCUCCUUACACCACUUUAGAGUGGCAGGAAGACUUCUCUGUACUUUCCAAGGAAAAGAUGCCUGUCGACUGCACAUUUAUUGGGGAUAUUACUGACAUGCCAGGGACUACAGUGGCCAUCAGCAACUGUGAUGGAUUGGCUGGGCUUAUUCGUACGGACAGUGGUGAAUUCUUCAUUGAACCAUUAAAGAAAGGUCAGCAGGAGAAUGAAGAGGAAGGAAGGCCUCAUGUGGUUUAUCGCAGGGCUGCUCGCAGAAAGGACGUGUCAGCAACACACGAUAGUCUCAAUAAUGAAGUUGCAGAUUUUGGGCUGGGUGAGCUGCCAAACUCAUUGAAUAUACUUGAAAGGACACUUGGUGAGCCAGACAGAAAACGAAGGCAUGCUGGGAAAGAUGAUUACAACAUUGAAGUCCUACUGGCAGUGGAUGACUCAGUGAUCCGUUUCCACGGAAAAGAACAUGUGCAAAACUAUGUUCUCACAUUGAUGAACAUUGUGGAUGAAAUUUAUCAUGACGAGUCAUUGGGAACACACAUAAACAUUGUCCUUGUCAGAAUAAUCAUGGUUGGAUACCGGCAGUCUGUCAGUUUGAUCGAGCAAGGGAACCCUUCGCGGAGCCUGGAGCAGGUGUGCAGAUGGGCCCACUCCCAGCAGCGCACUGACCUGGACCACGCCGAGCAUCAUGACCAUGCCAUUUUCCUAACAAGGCAAGACUUUGGUCCUGCAGGUAUGCAAGGCUAUGCACCUGUCACAGGCAUGUGUCACCCUCUUCGAAGCUGCACCCUCAAUCAUGAAGAUGGUUUUUCAUCUGCAUUUGUGGUAGCACAUGAGACUGGACAUGUGUUAGGUAUGGAACAUGAUGGACAGGGGAAUCGCUGUGCUGAUGAAACCACCAUGGGAAGCAUCAUGGCACCUUUAGUACAAGCAGCUUUUCAUCGAUACCACUGGUCGCGAUGCAGCAAACAGGAGCUCAACCGAUAUAUACACUCCUAUGAUUGCCUGUUAGAUGACCCUUUUCAACAGUCAUGGCCCAAGCUCCCAGAACUCCCUGGAAUCAACUACUCCAUGGAUGAACAGUGCCGCUUUGAUUUUGGAGUGGGAUAUAAAAUGUGCACAGCUUUCCGUACCUUCGAUCCCUGUAAGCAGCUAUGGUGCAGUCAUCCAGACAAUCCUUAUUUUUGCAAAACCAAGAAGGGACCACCACUCGAUGGGACAGAGUGUGCUGCAGGAAAGUGGUGUUUUAAAGGUCAUUGUAUUUGGAAGACCACAGAUCAGCCAUAUUCACAAGAUGGAAACUGGGGACCCUGGUCUAAAUUUGGCUCAUGCUCCCGGACCUGUGGAGGUGGCGUACGUUCACGCAGUCGACAGUGUACCAAUCCUUCUCCUGCAUAUGGUGGCCGUGACUGUCAAGGGGUUAGCUAUGAUUACCAAAUGUGCAAUUCAGAAGACUGCCCAGGCCCAUAUGAGGACUUCCGAGCUCAGCAGUGUACAAAUCGCAACUCAUAUUACACCUACCAGAGUAAAAAGCACACCUGGCUUACAUAUGAACACCCAAAUGAUGCACAUAAAUGUGAACUGAUCUGCCAGUCCAAGGAAACAGGAGAUGUGGUUUUUAUGAAUCAGGUUGUCCACGAUGGCACCAGGUGUAGCUACAAAGAUCCCUAUAGUGUCUGUGCCCGAGGUGAAUGUCUGUAUAUGGGAUGUGACAAAGAAAUUGGAUCACUGAAACAGGAAGAUAAAUGCGGUGUGUGCGGUGGAGAUAAUUCACACUGUCGAACGGUGAAAGGAACAUUAGUCAAGUCUCCAAAACGAACAGCUGGCAUGAUAAAAAUGUUCGAGAUCCCAGCCGGUGCAAGGAGUGUCCAAACAGAAGAAACUGAACCUUCACCUCAUCUUAUCGCUAUCAAAAAUCAAGCAACCAAUAUUUUUAUACUGAAUGCCAAAGGUGAAGAAUCAAAAGCCAAGAAUUUCAUUGAACUGGGCCUAGAGUGGGAAUACAGCAUUGAAGGUGGUAAAGAGAUCUUGAAAACCACUGGACCUUUACAUGAAACCAUUGCUGUUUGGGUUGUUCCACGAGAUGAUGAGUCCAAAAGUAACCUGGUGUACAGGUAUAUAAUUCAUGAAGAUCAGCUGCCUGUUAUUAGCAACAACAACGUCCUUCUAGAAGAGACUGACUCAUAUGAGUGGGCCUUAAAAAGCUGGUCGCAGUGCUCCAAAAUCUGCGGGGGAGGUAUACAAUUCACUAAAUAUGGCUGCAGGAGAAAAAGCAAUAACAAAAUGAUCCACAGGAAUUUCUGUGAUGGCAGCAAGAAACCCAAACCAAUCCGGAGACGAUGUAACCUACAGGAAUGCUCCCAGGCAGUUUGGAAUACAGAUGAGUGGGGAGCCUGCAGCAAGACAUGUGGGAAGUUAGGGGUACAGACCCGAGUGGUACAGUGUGCCCAACAGCUUCAGAAUGGUACAAGGCAAGCAGUCCCUGCAAAGUACUGUGGUGGGGACCGACCAGAGGCUCGAAGACCCUGCAACCGCUCCCCAUGCCCACUGCAAUGGAGAACUGGGGCUUGGUCACAGUGUUCCGUAAGCUGCGGAGAAGGAGUCCAGCAGAGGCAGGUUGCAUGUAAAGGCACAGACAGCAGCAUCCCACAAUGUGAAGGCCCAAAACCUGAAACUAAGCAGGCCUGCUCAGUGCCAUCAUGUCCAGGAAAAUCUUCAAUUACCACCACAAACUCAGCCGUUCUUGAACAGGUAACCCCCAAAGUACACUGGAUAUCCAACAAAGUUCCAAGCAUUCCAGUCAACAAAGUAUCCUCAAGAGAGGCGUGCUUAGGAGAUAAGUCGAUUUUCUGUCAGAUGGAGGUUCUAGCUCGCUAUUGUUCAAUUCCUGGCUACAAUAAACUCUGCUGUGAAUCUUGCAACAAGAAGUUAACUGCUGUCACUACUUCACCACCUGCCUACCAUCAAGUGGAUUCUGAUGAAGUACGUUUAAAAGGCAUAUUUCAACCCAGUCCUGCUCCAGAAAUGCACUUCUACCCCACUGUCCAAAGCAAGCGUCAGGUUGCCAAGGAAGCCACGCUAAUGAAGAAUGUUAACUCACUCACUGUCCAUGGCUUAGAUCCCAGUUCUCAGGCCUUUGUUUCCCACACUACUUCUUUGGCUGUCUCUACAAACAGGUCUCAGAAUAUCUCCAUCAGUCAGCAAAGCUCACCAAGUCUACCUCCUGACCACCAGACACUGGAACAAAGCACCUAUUCAUCUCUGGAACCAGACCCAGUUCUGCAGCUAGUUUCAGAAAACUGGAAUACUACUUCAGCUACCAGCCCAGGAAAGGGCACAACUUCAGACACUAUAGCCACAACAAGGUCCAUCAGUAACAAAACUGAUUUACCUCACAGAACCUCGCCAUUCACAACAUGAAGACACGCUAAUAAAAAGCACAUGUUUAUAGCUGCAAAAUGUUGAGCAGGUUUUUAAUAAGACAUCUACCAGUUCCAUAAAGACAAACAUGUCUUAAUUUUUGAAAACAUUGUUUGACUUUAUGGCACUUUUGGAAAACAAAAUAAAAUAAAAUAAAAAUCUAGUAAAGGCUGAGUCUGAGCUGUAAAGUUGUAAAGUGACUUCAUCAAAAUCUGCAACACAUUGUACCUCUCAGCUCAGAUUCAGAAAACAUGCUUUCAUGGAAACACUGUAAGCAAAAAAAAAAAAAAAAAAAAAAACAUGGAUUUAAUACAAAAUAUUUCAGUUAAUCACCUAAAUUCAUCUAACUAGUGGUGCUGUAUUUAUUUAGUUUAAGGAUCACUGAAAAACUCUACUGGACAAACUGGUGGAAAAAAAUGUUCUCCUUCCAAAAGGAGGUUUAAUCUAAUGGGCAUCAUACGGCCAUGUGCUGUGCACGUGAACAGUGUGGGCUACACAAGUGAACAGUGAGCAAGCCACAGCAGCAUGUAAUAGGCCAUUCAGUUACUUAAACCACUGUCUCGUGGUAGGGAAGGGAAGCCACGUUUCAAGUGCUACACCUUCAGCUGGAUUUUAAGAUGUUUUAUGGGGGUAAAUCCUUUAUAAACCAAAUCCAGCUGUUCUCUGUCUUAAGCAAUUAUUGACAGAAACCUCAUAAUAAAGUAACAUUUGUUUUCUGAAAAGAGAAUCCCUUUGCCAUGCAAUGUAGUGGUGAUAAUUGUGGCUAGAGAUCUCAUGUUAUUCUUUGCUAAUAUUGAUAUAAUUCUAAAAUACAUAACUGCAAAUUAAUACUGAUUACUGCAAGCUGUUUGUAAUUUGUAACCCCAAAUUAAGUACUACAAGGUUCGCCAUAAACAAAGAACUAGGCUAGAGAGAUAUGUGGCCUUUAAAAAAGAUAUCUAUGUUCACUUGAAUGCUGUUUCAUUCCUUUUUUUUAUUUAGUCAGCUGUUCUGGUUUGUAUAGUUUUUUGUACAUAACGUGAAUAAGAGCUUUUAAUUUUAAUAUUUAUUAAAAAAAAGUUUGAAACUAU